CUUUACAAAUUCUCAAGAAGUCAUAUGUUUUGAAUUCAGUAAACGAAAAAAAAUAGAAAAAGUGUGUGAUAGAUCAAAAGAAGUGAGACCUUCUCUGCCAAGCCUAGGAACCCACCGGCCACCAGUGUUUCGUACAUAGGCCGUACGCCCCUCACCGGCGUCCACCAUCUUGGGUCUCAUCCGUAAUUCCUGACACAUUCGACUUCUUUCUUCCCUUGUGCUGAAAAUUUCAAAAUCGGUCAAGCAAAGAGAGAUGGUCCACAGUGCUUAUGACUCUUUUGAGUUAUUGUGUGAUAGCCCUACAAAGAUUGAUGCUGUUGAAUCGUAUGGGUCAAAGCUCAUCAUUGGCUGCAAUGAUGGAUCUCUUCGAAUCUACUCUCCUGAAUCCUCUAGUUCUGAUGUGUGUGCACCAUCAGAUCACCGCUCUGGUGAAUUAGAGCUACUAAAAGAAUCCUAUGUCCUUGAUAGGACCAUGAGUGGCUUCUCAAGGAGGCCAAUUACUGUAAUGGAGGUUUUGAGGUCGAAAGAACUUCUAUUAACUCUUUCUGAGUCAAUUUCAUUUCAUAAACUCCCCUCUUUGGAGACUGUUGCUGUGAUUGCUAAGGCCAAAGGUGCAAGUGCUUACUCUUGGGAUGAUUCUAGAGCUUUUUUGUGCUUUUCCAGGCAGAGAAGGGUUUGUAUUUUUCGGCACGAUGGAGGCCGUGGUUUUGUUGAAGUGAAAGAUUAUGGUGUUCCCGACACUGUGAAAUCAAUGGCUUGGUGCGGUGAAAAUAUAUGUAUUGGAGUUCGGAAGGAAUACAUGAUGCUCAAUGCAAGCACUGGUGUGCUAUCUGAAGUUUUUUCUUCUGGGAGAAUCUCCCCACCUUUAGUGGUAUCUCUUCCAUCAGGAGGUUUACUUCUGGGCAAGGAUAAUAUUGGGGUUUUUGUGGACCAAUAUGGGAAGCUUGGACAUGAAGGCAGAAUUUGUUGGUCUGAGGCUCCCAGUCAAAUCGUUAUUCAUGAGCCUUAUGCUAUAGGUCUUUUGCCUAGACAUGUUGAGAUACGGUCUCUUCAACAGCCAUAUCCAUUGAUACAAACUGUUAGCUUGCGAAAUGUUAAGCACCUCAUUCGAAGCAACAGUGUGAUUCUUGUGUCACUAGAAAAAUCUGUCAGUGGCCUCUUCCCUGUUCCUCUUGGAGCACAGAUAGUGCAGUUAACAGCAUCUGGCCAUUUUGAGGAGGCCUUAUCUUUGUGCAAACUCCUUCCACCGGAAGAUUCAAGUCUUAGAGCUGCUAAGGAAAGUUCUAUCCACAUUAGAUACGCACAUCAUUUGUUUGAAAAUGGAAGUUACGAGGAGGCCAUGGAUCAUUUUUUGGCUUCUCAAGUUGAUAUCACAUAUGUGCUUUCUUUGUAUCCAUCUAUCAUUGUUCCAAACUCAACCGUACUUCCUGAGCCAGAAAAGGUGGUAGAUUUUGGCUGGGAUACUUCGGACCUUUCUAGGUGUUCAUCAGGCAUGUCAGAUGAAAUGGAUGCUUCACCCAGAGCACCUAUCGAUGCAGAGGAAAAUUCUGCUGUGCAAUCCAAGAUAGUCAGCCAUAAUACUCUUAUGGCUCUUAUUAAAUUCUUGCAGAAGAAAAGGUACAAUAUUAUUGAAAAGGCUGCAGCGGAAGGAACAGAUGAGGCUGUGUCUGAUGCAUUUAGUGUGAAUUUCAGAUCUUAUGACUCCAAUAGGUCCAAGAAGUCGAAUAGGGGUCGUGGCAGCAUUUCCAUCAGCUCAGGUGGUCGUGAGAGGGCUGCUAUCCUGGAUACCACACUGCUCCAAGCUCUUAUUCUCACAGGUCAGCCUUCUGCUGCUGUGGAGUUGUUAACAGGUAUGAACUAUUGUGACUUGAAGAUAUCUGAGGAGUUCUUAAAAAAAACAAAUCAAUAUACGGCUUUGUUGGAAUUGUACAAGUGCAAUGGUAUGCACCGUGAAGCUCUCAAGCUUUUGCUUCAACUAGUAGAAGAGUCAAAAUCAGAUCAUGCAGCUGAGCUCACCAAGAAGUUUACUCCCGAAAUGAUUAUUGACUAUCUGAAGCCGCUUUGUGGGACAGACCCCAUGCUCGUGCUGGAAUUUGCAAUGCUUGUCCUUGAAAGCUGCCCGACACAGACUAUUGAGCUCUUUCUAUCAGGAAAUAUUCCAGCAGACUUGGUUAAUUCUUAUUUGAAGCAACACGCUCCAAAUAUGCAGGCUACGUAUUUGGAACUUAUGCUUUCCAUGAACGAAGAUGGAAUCUCUGGUAAUCUGCAGAAUGAAAUGCUGCAAAUCUAUCUUUCGGAGGUACUUGAUUGGUAUAGAGAACUGAGUUCGCAACAGCAAUGGGAUGAGACAGCUUACUCUCCUACCAGGAAGAAACUGUUGGCUGCAUUGGAGAAUAUCUCUGGGUACAAUCCAGAAGGCCUUUUGAAGCGCCUUCCAGCUGAUGCCUUGUACGAAGAAAGGGCAAUUUUGUUGGGAAAACUGAAUCAGCAUGAACUUGCCCUCUCUCUUUAUGUACACAAGCUUCAUGUUCCUGAAUUGGCUCUUUCUUAUUGUGAUCGAGUCUACGAAUCUCAACCUUUGGGAAAGUUCCACAGCAAUAUAUAUCUCACUCUUCUGCAAAUUUAUUUAAACCCCAAAAGAACAACUCGAAACUUUGAGAGACGAAUCAACAACCUUGUAUCAACCCCUAAUGCUGAAAAUAAGAGGGUUAGUUCUUCUACUUCAACGAGAAACAAAGGAGGCCGUUCAGCUAGAAAAAUUGCUGAAAUAGGUGUGGAGGAUUCUCGCUUUAGCCCCAGUAGCACCGACAGUGUUAAGAGUGAUGGCGAUGCAGAUGAACUUAGCUCUGAAGAAGGGUCCAAUAUAAUGCUUGAUGAGGCACUUGAUCUUUUAAGCCGCAGAUGGGAAAGAAUUAAUGGAGCACAGGCCCUGAAAUUAUUACCUAAAGAAACUAAGCUGAAGGAUUUGCUUUCUUUUCUUGGACCACUCUUGCGAAAAUCUAGUGAAGCUCAUAGGAAUUUCUCUGUGAUCAGGAGACUCAGAGAGAGCGAGAAUCUACAGGUUAAAGAUGAACUCUACAAUAAGAGGAAAGCUGUUGUAAAGGUUAGUGGUGAUAGCAUGUGUUCCCUCUGCAACAAGAAGAUUGGGACUAGUGUGUUUGCUGUAUAUCCUAACGGCACAACUCUAGUCCACUUCGUUUGCUUCAGGGACUCGCAGACCAUGAAGGCCGUGAGAGGCUCCCAAUCAAGAAAAAGAUAAUACAUUCCGACAUGUUUUCAGUUAACUUUCCGCUCUCAUUCCUGCAUCAUCCCUCAAAAUGCCCAUUUUUUUCGUGAGGUGGAGCUCGAGUUGUUCUGUGUGCUCAGUUUUGGGGUUGCAGAGAAACCAUUUUUCCAGAAUUUUCAGUUUUGUAAGGAGCAAGAGAUGCACAAUAAGGUAUUGUGUUGAUAUGUUAAUAUUGUUUUAUUGGUGUUAUAUAUAUGAUGAGCGUUGUAUGAGCAAUUGGUCCAUUGGGAUAUUUUUGAUUUAAUUACUUUAUUGUUUACAUGAUCUUUUAUUGUAAUUUAUAUCAUCUAAUCGAUGAUUAUUUAAACCCUCGAGUAUAAAGAAAUCAUGUUCUUUGGUUUGAUAAA